UCACCGAUCGGGGGCCUUGCCCAGGAUCAAAGCUGACUUGAAUUGUCCACAAAGAAGGAACAGAAGCAGCAGCCUCAGCCGCAGGAAAUCUCCAGAGUAGGAGCUGUGGAGAGGCUCUGGGAUCCCCAGGUUUCGGGGCAGAUACUGCUCCAAAGAGCGGGGAGGGAGAAGGAAGGCAGGAGAAGGCCGAAUCCCACCAAAGUAGAAGGAACAGCCCAGGAGCUGGCAGAAGACGCCAGAGCCAGCAGUCUAGACCCUCUCAGAUGGAUGACCUCUGUGAAGCCAAUGGCUCUUUUGCCAUCAGCCUAUUAAAAGUAUUGGGUGAAGAAGACAAGUCACGAAACCUGUUUUUCUGUCCCCUGAGUGUCUCCUCUGCACUGGCUAUGGUCUACCUGGGAGCCAAGGGAAAUACUGCAGCCCAGAUGUCCCAGGUACUUGGUUUGAACAGCGGUGGAGAUGUUCAUCAAGGUUUCCAGACUCUUCUCACUGAAGUUAACAAAACUGACACUCAGUACUUGCUAAAAAGUGCCUGCCGACUCUUUGGAGAAGAAUCAUGUGAUUUCCUUUCGACCUUCAAGGAAUCCUGCCAGAAGUUCUAUCAGGCAGGACUAGAAGAACUGUCCUUCGCUAAGGACACUGAAGAAUGCAGGAAACACAUCAAUGCCUGGGUGAUGGAAAAGACUGAGGGUAAAAUUUCAGAAGUUCUAAGUCCUGGAACAGUCUGCCCACUGACUAAGCUGGUUCUUGUGAAUGCCAUGUAUUUCAAAGGGAAGUGGAAGUCUCAGUUUGACAGAAAGUAUACAAGAGGCAUGCCUUUUAAAACUAAUCAGGAGAAAAAAACAGUGCAGAUGAUGUUCAAGCAUGCCAAAUUUAACAUGGGGCAUGUAGACGAGAUGAACAUGCAGGUCCUGGUUUUGCCCUACGCAGAGGAGGAGCUGUACAUGGUAGUUCUGCUUCCCGAUGAAAACACUGACCUGGCUGUGGUGGAAAAAGCACUGACAUAUGAGAAGUUCAGGGCCUGGACAAACCCGGAAACCAUGACAGAAAGUAAAGUUCAAGUCUUCUUCCCCAGAUUAAAGCUAGAGGAGAGUUACGACCUGGAAUCUUUCCUUCAGAGUUUGGGAAUGACAGACGCCUUUGAGGAAACCAAGGCUGACUUUUCUGGAAUGACAGCUAAGAAGAACGUGCCUGUGUCGAAGGUUGCCCACAAGUGCUUUGUCGAGGUCAACGAGGAAGGAACAGAAGCGGCAGCGACCACUGCCGUGAUCAGGAAUGCCCGGUGCUGCAGAAUGGAGCCGAGGUUCUGUGCUGACCACCCCUUCCUCUUCUUCAUCUGUCACCACAGAACCAGCAGCAUCUUGUUUUGCGGCCGGUUCUCUUCUCCCUGAAGGCAUUAUUGUGGGGCUGAGGAUGCAGCUCGGUUGGCAGACUGUUUGCCUGAGUUCAACCCUAAGCACCCUAUAAAACCAGGCAUGAUCAUUCCUACCUGCCAUCCUAGCAUAUGGGAGGUGCAGGGCAGGGGGAUCAGAAGUUCAAGGUCAUCUUCAGCUACAUAGAAAACUGGAGGCCAGCUUUUCAUACCUGUCUCUAAAAGACAUCAUUUUGCCACAUGCCAGAAAUAAAACCCUGUGUUACCAGAUUGGCAAGGUGGUUUCACUGUACAACAAAAAGAAUGAACUUAGUAUUUGGUGAAUACUGACAGUUCCAAUGGCAGGUGUGGGAGUUUGGAUCUCAGCAGACCAUACUUGGUUUGGAGUGUCUGAGGUGAUUUUCAUUGUCUCCAGCCUUAUUCACACCCCAGCUCCCAAAGUGCUAUCUCACACUGCUAACAUCUCCAAGCAGUGCCCUCCACCACUGCCAGUCUUACCAGGCAAUGCCAGUUGAAGGUCCCCAUUCACAAAGGCAAGGGUGGAAGCUAUAGACUAACUGCUGUGACUGUCCCAUGUCUCACCAGAAGCUACCUUCUGUAUCUCAUCCCAUCAAUGUUAUCCAACAGUCCUGUCUGUCCCAUAGUUCAGACAACUCUCCCCACAAGUUUCCGGUACAAAUUCAAGGACUCAGCAGCAACCUUCAGGACAGGGUUGAGAGACAAAGGUCUAAAGUGUGGCCCUUAUCCCCCCACUUAUUUCUAAAGCUCCACAGUGUGGGCCUUAUUUCCCCCAUGUCUUUCUAAGGCUCCACGGUGUGGCCCUUAUCCCCCUAUUUCUUUCUAAUGCACACAGUGUGGCAAGCCCAAAGGAAGCUUCACACUGAGCAAUUCUUCCAAACCAGAUGUCUAAUUAAGCAUAUGUUCAGAUGUGAACCAAAUGCCCACAUGAUGCCCUAAAUGUAUAUACAUUCAAGCACCACUAAAUAACUUCAGCAUGUUGCAUUUAUACAUGUAUGGGGAACAAUUCAAGAAGUCCUGAAUAUGGGAGUGACUGUGGAGGGCACAAGAGGAGUCAGGUGAGGAGGGUAGGAGAUCUAAACAGAAUACUAAAUAAUUGAAUAGAAUAUGAAUACCUGAAUGUACAGUUCAGUAAGUUCUGAAAUACGCAUGUACCCAUAAUGCCAUCUGCAUAGUUAAGACACAGAACAUGACCAUCACGCCUGCAGAUUUUCUAUGGAAACUUUGUAACAUCUCUUUUUUAUUUAAAGAAUUUUUAAAAAUUAAAAUAUGGUUUCAUUAUUUCCCCUUCCUUCUGCUCCCCCUUACUGCUCCUAUGUCCACCAGAGGCCCCUCCCCUCGUCUCUAACCAUAGUUGUUACAUAUGCAUAUAAAUGGGUCUAAUACAAAUACAGUCUACUGGCUCCAUCAGUGACCCCUACAUGUGUGUUUCUAGGACUGACCACUCAGUGUUAGAUAACCAGUCAGGGGCUAUCCUGGGGAUGACUGAUGCUCCCUUUCUCAGGAGUUGUUAAUGUUUCUAGCUCUCCAUCUAAGGGCAUGGCCCCAUGAUAUUUUCUCUAUCUACAUUGGGCUGUCAACUCUUGUUGGAAUUUUUAGGUCUUGUUAAGGUAUUCAAAUUGUUGAGAUUUCAUUGUUUAGCUUGCCUGUCAUAGCUAGAAGACACAAUCUCACAGCAGACUUCCUGGUCCUCUGGCUCUUACAGAGGACCCUACUUCUGUGAUGUACCCUGAGCUUUGUAACCUUGCUAUCCAUCUACUCCAUGUUCAGUUCUAGCCACUUACACCCAUUCUCAGGCAACUACUGAUUUGUUUCAUAAUUUAUUUGUUAUGGAAUAAUGUAUCCAUUUCUGUAUUAUUCCUGUC